AUGCGCAGACUGCGCAAGAAAUAUCAUCGUUCUCACGCUUUAGCCGUCAAAGACGGCAUCCCACUUCCGAGACACGACCCUGCUAUUCAGACUGCCAACGAAGUCAAGAAGGCGGUGCCGAUCAACCGCUGGAAGAAGUACAAACCUCUCGUGGUCGAGCUAGCGGACCCUACAGCUGUUGUUGCGGUGACACGGAUUCUGGAGGCAGAUAUUGAGAAGAUGCGAGUGCAAGAGGAACAUUUCCAGCCGUACACGAACUACUUCCACAAGAAGUCGUGUGUGCUUGAGGGCGCGGAGAAGCAGUUGGCGGAGUUGAGGAAGAUGUCCGAAGACAAGGGGCAGAAACACACUGAGAUCUGA